UGGAUGGAGUCACGUGGGGCACCCCUGAUCCUGCAGGAUGUUCCCAGAAUUGAACGACAUCCUUGGUACAACUCCCGAAACCUGCGAGCAGGGAAAAGCUGUGCUCCUUUGUGAUAAGCAGACAGAUGGAAGUUUCCUUGUACAUCACUUUCUUUCUUUUUAUCUUAAAGGAAACUGCAAGGUUUGCUUUCUUGGCCUGGUCCAGUCUUUCAAUCAUUAUAGCCUUGUUGCCCAAAAGCUAGGUAUUCAGCUAUCUACAGCCAGAGAGAAAGGGCAACUGGUGUUUCUAGAAGGGCUCCGGUCUUCUCUUGACUCCGUACUUACGGAGCAACAGGACAGUAGGUCACCAACACUGUCCCCUUUUGAGUUUCUCAGCUCACCUGAUACAAGUCUUAAUUGCUUGUAUGAAUUUGUUCGUGUCUCACUAUCGGAAACCAACGAAAGUACUUGGAAAUUUCCAGUACUGAUAAUAGAUGACCUCAGUGUCUUGCUCAGCCUGGGAGUGAGUGCUGUAAAUAUCUUGAAUUUCAUGCAUUACUGCAGAGCUACAAUAUGCUCAAAAUUUAUGGGAAACAUAGUGAUGCUGGUGCAUAACACUGAGGAUUUGGAAGACGAAGAAAAUAAUUUUGUUGUCAAAUCCCUGAGUCACCAGUGCCACCUAAUAUUGCAGGUAGAAGGAUUGACAACUGGCUACUGCAAGGAUAUCCAUGGUCAGCUUACAAUGACUUAUCGUUCCCCUUCACCUGUAAAGACUGAAAGAAAUAUAACCAAAAUCUUCCAAUACAAAAUACAAGACAAAAAUGUGAACUUUUUUGCCAGAGGAACCUCAUCUUCUGUGCUCUAGGGAAUUCCAUUGGAAUUGUUUCACUGCUGUGAGAAAUGGACAUGAGUCUUGCCCAGUUAACUUUUUUUCAAAUGCACAUGGAUUUAUCAUGCAGAGCAACUACAAGAUCCCUGGACUUCAAACAUGUGUAUUUGAUUUCAAAACGUUUUCAUAAGGUAUGCGAUUGUAUGUCACGUUUGUGUAAGAUAUUAAUUCGUCUGCAAAGAUACAGUUUCUACACCAUACUAUCCAUUGUAAAGUUUAUACUUGGUUUUUUUCGUGUCCUAUGACUUCACUAUUUUAAUUUAUGGGCUAGUAUUCAGCAGUUCAAACCGAUUAAAAAAAUAUUUGUAGUUCUUUUUAAACUCUCAAUCUUUUUGUUUCGUUUUUUCUCACACUUUUGAUCUUCUCUUCUGUCUGAACAGUCAUCUUUUUUAAAU